AUGGGUGUUGACCAUGAGAAAUUUCAAUUUGUUACAUUGAAGAUUUUACCUGAAAUCGGUUCAUUUAUUCGAUCAUUUGUUUGUCAUGGCAAUUGGCAAUCUAUUGUAUCGAAUCAAAUACGUUCGAUACUCUUUUGUUCGAAUCUCUCCAUGAUAUUUCCACAAUUACAUACACUGAUACUUGUAUAUUUUACUGGUGAACAAUUAUUUACAUUUGUUGAUGUAAUUAAAAAUUUUUCACAAUUAAUCAAACUUGAUAUUCGUUGUCUUGGAGAUAAACAUCCGAAAGAAUUAUUGAGAAAAGUUCUAGCUACUAAUGAUGGUCGACUGAGAUCGAUCACAUUCGAUCAAGAUUCAAUUGAUUUAGUUCUUAAUGAAGCUCAGCAUGACCAACCUGUUUCAUAUCCAAAUAUCGAAGAAUUAACAGUCAACUUAGUGAAAUAUGAAGCGUUAAUACGUCUUUUUAUGCUUGUACCAAAUGUCAGUCGUCUGCACGUGACUUGCGAUUAUUCAUCAAAUUUAUUGUUAGAAAAAUUAAAGAGCUUAUCAUCUUUGAUACAUCUAAAAGAUUUUCAAUUGCGUUCAAUGGAUAACUAUUGGACAUUGGAACAAAUCAGUGAUAUAUUAACUAAAAUGCCAUUUUUACAAAAAUUAGCACUUGAUUUAUCUACAAAAGAUGAAAAUCUUAUCAAUGGACAUAAUCUUGUUGCAAUUCUACCUCAAUCUCUUGUAAAUCUAAAUUUGUUCAUUAUUUAUCUCCUUUUGGAAUCCGAUAUCAAAUCAGACACUUGGCAUAUUACAUGGCCAAGUCAUAUUCCGAUAGCAUGCUUGCUGAGUGAAUGUCAUCGGUGUGCUAUUAUUCAUACAAUACCUUGUGAUCUAUGUUCCAUUGUCAUUCCAGCAAAAAUAAGUAAACAAAUGUUAACUGGUUGGGAAUACAUGCAGAAAGUUAAAAAUCUAAGAAUUUAUGGGAAAGCAUCUUUUACCGAGAUAGCGAUGAUCGUACAACAUUUUCAUCAACUCCAGACGCUUAAUAUUGACUUGGAUUGGGAUACUGAAACAAGUACGUAA